AUGUUUGUCCCCCUGCCGGUCCCCUUCGUCUUUCAGAGAACAGCGUCCGACUUCAGCGCCUGGAGACUCAAGUCCUCGCUGGCUCCGCGGUCCAGCCCCGAUAUCAGGAUGUCUAAAGCAGCAGAGGAGGAGAAGCCUGGGGCUGAGUAUCCAGGGGACAGUUCAGACUCUGACAGAAACAGCCCCGAUGACCAGAUCCAGCCGAUGAAAACAAGCCCCUUCAGCGUCUCUCCCUCACCGGCUGGUAGCAAGGGAAAGAGCGAAGAGAGCUCUGAGAUGACCCAUAGCACCGUCCCUCCUGCACCUCCCUCUCAACAACAACAACAACAACAACAGCAGCAGCAACAACAACAACAACAUCAUCAACAACAGCAGCAGCAACAACAACAUCACCACACACAGCUGAUGCUGGCUGGCAGUCAGCUUGCAGGGCUUGCCGCUCUGCUUCCGGCCCAGCAGCAGCUGCUCCUCCAACAGGCUCAGGCUCAGCUCCUGGCGGCCGCCGUUCAACAGUCAAACGCCGCCCACGCCGCUCACGCUGCCCACGCCGCCGCGCAGCAACAAGCCAACCAACAGCAGCAGCAGCAGAACCAAUCACAAUCCCAGCAGCAACAGCAGCAACAACAAACCAAACAGGAACAAACUGUCCAAGCCCCGCCUCCACCGCAGCUGGCCCUUUCGCAGCCGAUCCAGCUCACGGCCCAGGACAUCCAGCAGCUGUUGCAGCUCCAGCAGCUGGUUCUGAUGCCGGGUCAUCACCUCCAGUCUCCUGCCCAGUUCCUCCUGUCUCAGCCAGCGCAGGCACAGCAGCCGCAGCAGGGUCUGCUCUCGACACCAAAUUUGAUCCAGCUACCUCAGCAAAGCCCAGGGGGGCUACUGACGACCCCACCACGCCUGGGACUCCAAGCACAGAGGGAGAAGAGCAGCGAUGUCGUGGUCGGUGGAAGCAGCAGCGGCAGCAGCGGCUCUAUAGUAGCCACCGGCAGCAGCGGCGUUGGUGUUGUGACGUCUGUAGGAGCCACCUCAGCAUCCAGCAGCGCCAUGGCGUCCUCGCUAGCAUCCGGCUUGCCUCCUGGAGGUCACGGAGGUCACAUGGGGGAAGAGCCCAGCGACCUGGAGGAGCUUGAGCAGUUUGCCCGCACCUUCAAACAACGACGCAUCAAGCUGGGAUUCACCCAGGGAGACGUCGGCGUGGCGAUGGGCAAACUGUACGGCAACGACUUCAGCCAGACCACCAUCUCCCGAUUCGAAGCUCUCAACCUGAGUUUUAAGAACAUGUGCAAGCUGAAACCUCUGCUGGAGAAGUGGCUGAGUGAUGCAGAAACUAUGGCAGUAGACAGCAUGCUGCCCAGCCCGUCCUCUCUCUCCUCCCCCAUGUUGGGCAUCGAGGGUCUAUCCGGACGACGCAGGAAGAAACGCACCAGCAUCGAGACCAACGUGCGAGUGGCCUUAGAGCGCAACUUCUGCACGAACCAGAAGCCUACCUCGGAGGAGAUCCUGCUCAUGGCGGAGCAGCUCAACAUGGAGAAGGAGGUGAUUCGUGUUUGGUUCUGCAACCGCAGGCAGAAAGAGAAACGCAUCAACCCGUCCAGCAGCACCACCCCUCCCCUGCCCAGCCAGACCUCGCCUGUUGUGACACACAAAGCCCCCUGCUACAGCCCGCACAUGAUAUCGAGCCAGGGUCUGUCCCAGGUCACCACCUGUCUCAGCACCACGGUGACAACCAACCUGCUACACCGCACCAACAUCCCUCUUCCUCUCUUCCUCUUAGCCGCCAGCUCUUCAGCGUCCUGCCCCAUGACCCCUGUCAGCUCUGCUGCAGUUGGCUCCACCUCUUCUUCUGUGACUCCGCCUCCUCAUAGCACAGCUAGCCCCGCCCCUCCCAGCCUCGGCGCCCACGGACUCAACACCGGGAACACAAUGAUGGGAGUAAGCACAGGGAUGAACCAGGCCCUCAUUGGCAGCAAUCCCCUGGCUACCAUGCAAGCCCUGGCAGCGAGCAGCGGUCAGCUGCCGAUCUCCAGCCUCGAGGGAGGAGCGGCUCACAUGCUCCUUGGUGGACCUGGAGGUCCAGCUGUACCUCCCUCUCUCCGUCCCUCCCUCUUCCUCAACCGCCCCACUCUCCUCCCCAUGGUGACCGGCUCCAUGGCGACAGCCUCCACACAGGCCAUGGGACUGGUCAGCAGCGGUGGCGGUGGUAUGUGCGGCCCGAGGCCCUCCUUUUCCCAUUCUCCGCCCCCUGGCGCCAGCGACCUCAUGAGCCCGACCUCGUGCCCCGAGGAGUCCGCGUCUCCUUGCUCAAGUCCGGCCUCUUUCUGUUCCUUCAGCGAAGCCUCGCCACCGCCUCUGGGAGGGGCCAUGGCCGAGUGACGCCUGACUGACAGCCAAAGUAUCCUAUCAGAGGAGGACGAGGAGGAGGAAGAGUUAACGGAGCUUUAAAAAUCUAAAUUUACAACCUCGCCUUUCAACCAAAGCCAUCUCUCUGUCUGAUCCAUCUCUGAUUUCGUCUCUCUCUAUUUCUCCCCGCUGAAGUCUUCUGAAGCCAAAAAUAUACACAGAUGGAUGACGGGAGGAAGCAAAGAGAGAGGGCGGAUGGAGAGGAUAGAGAGAACUGCAGAACGGAGGGGGGACAUUUGAAACCAAAUAAUGAUCUACAGCUGGAGAGGUGGCACUGAGGAGUGUUUUCGCUCGGCAUCGGGGAAACGAACAGCAUGCUUUUUAUCGGCUGGAGAAAAAAUAAACUCGCUGAGGGCAGGGAUGAGAAGCGAAACUGUGUGUGAGAAAUGGGAGGCAAAAAGAAAGACUUGUUUAACAAGCUCGGAAGGUCAUGUGGU